AUGUUCCUGUACUCAUUGGUGUUCUUUCCGUUGGCAGUUGCUACUCUCAUACCUAGAGAACUUCUUUUUUCUAGUCAGAAAUACACAAAUGUCAAGCUCAGUCCCAAUGGAACGUAUGUUGCCUACAUAGCGUCUGACCAGAACAAAGUGAAGAAUGUGUUUGUCAAAUGCACCAAAUGUAAAAAUGCCCGGCAAGUGACAUUUGAGAAGAGUAAUGAUGUUCACGACUACGAGUGGACUGGUGUAAAAAAUGUGAUUAUCUACCAGUAUGACAACGAUGGCGACGAAAACUGGAAGCUGUUCAAGAAGAAUAUAUCCGAGGCAGAAAUGGCUGCUCAUCCGGAAAAAAGGACGGUGAUUUCUGACGAUAAAACUGUGCAAGCUAAAAUUAUCGCAAAUAACCACAAGGAUUCACGAAUAUUGAUCGGAUUGAACGACGAGACUCCUGCGUGA